CUUGGCUUGGCGAGCUUUUGGCGGAAAUUAAUUUAACUUGUCGAUUAUCUGGAUAAAGAGGGACAAAGCAACCUCAAAAAUGGUAUCUCAUGUCAUGUCAAAUUGCCAAAAUUACUAGGUACUGCUAAAAGUAAAAAGUCAAUCGUCCACGUGCAUGAGUGACUCGUUCAUGUUCAUGAAUAAAGUAUAAUUGUAGUGAAAUCUAGGUGUGAGCGUUCUAGAGACGAACUGGUUUCAAGGAUCGUUUUGUGUUCCGCGACGAUAGAAUCGUUUUAUGUUUCGGAUCAAAACAGUCUUCGUCGAACAACUAGUCCUUGGAUUGUCUACACGCCAAUUUAUACUUAAUGUUGAAGUAAAUACAGUCUGUAAUAGAACGCAAUGAUAUGACACCGUUUUGUUCUUUGACAAUUAAGUUUUGAUUUUACAAUAAGAUAAUCUUUAUUAUUGAACAGUUAAAGUCGAUUAUUGUAUAAAACUACUUGUAUUUAGAUGUUUCGUAGUUUCGUUCGCAGCACGGUGGUGCCAGUGGAGGUAGCGCGACUGUGCCGUUUAUGUAUGACUUUAUCGCCAUUAAAAUAGAGUGCAAGUUUGAAUACAUUUGUACAGUACAACUAAUGGAAACAAAAUAAUAAAAUUUAUUUAGAACCACAAUUUGGCAUUGCAAAUAAGCAAUACUUUCUCUCGUCGAAACGAUCGUUGACAAGAUUUUGUUUAGUUUAGUUUCGUUACGUUCCAUUCGUCCGACCGUCGCCUCGCGUGUCGGUUCGUUGCGUCACCCAGCCGCAACCAAAACCAGUUGCGAACGAGAACUGUUUCGAGGACUAGUUUUCGUUUAAGAGAAAACGGUUGCGUUUCAUAGUCCCGUUAGAUAUUCAAGAAUGCAUAAUAUCUUUCAAUAAUGGGUCCCGACUGAAAAGUAGCUUUGUUCCUUAUUAACAGAAUUAUAGACUACGGGACUUUUUUUUUUCUUUUCAGUUUUUAUUUUCUAGUAUAAUUAAGCAGUCGCGUUUUUUGAUUUUUUAAUUUUUUUUUGAAAGAUAUUUUUCAAUCUGGCGUUAAUUAGAAAAUCAAAUCUGGCAACCCUGGUAUGGAACGUUCCAAACCUCCGCUUCAGCACAGCGUUCCAGGCAUUUUAUUCUUUCUAAUACUCCCGUCCACUUUUACGCAUUAACAUUCUAUCACGUUUUUUAUCGCGUCUAACUGUCAAACUCCAUAGUAAUUUGACAAUUGAGAGUGAUUAAAAUGCGUUAUAUAUCAUAUCGCGGUGCUCAUGCUAGAGAGGCUGGUGGUAUAACAAAUAUCAAGUGUGACCUGUGAUGUAAAGUCUUUGGACCUGUGUGACAUUUUCAUACAUAUAAACAUCUGUCAGGGUGAAAACCUCAGAUCCUAGGUAAAACUCGAGUCGUACUGAUAGCGUAGGUUUGGAACGCGGUUCUGCCUGUCUGUCAUUCCCCUUUGGUAUACUUACUUUACUCUUUGGUCAUUCCUUUCAUUUCAGUUGUAUGGAUUGGUUUUCUUUGGAUUUGGAUUUUAUUCCCGUCUGGCAGACUAACAUAUCAGAAUCAAGAUGUGGGGGCUUGUGUUGUCAAUUUUGGGCUAUAUGAAUAUUAGCCCGGUGCCCUACUUGGCAAGCUGCGUUGGGACUACAGAGCCAGCACUAAACCUGCUUAUUUCAAUAUUAGCAGCUUACCCUUUGGCGAUUGUGUACCACCAAUACAUAAAUCAAAAUAAUAAAUUGAGGAACAUAUAUUUUGUGAUAACUGGAUUAGAUAUGGCAUUUUUCAAUUUUGGACUAUCCAUGAUUCACAAUCUUAUACCUGCUAUAGUAAUAUAUUUCUCUACUAUGGUCUUGCCCGGAAAAUUCAAUGUGAUCCUGACAUUGGUAUUUAAUAUGGCAUAUUUGCUAAUUGGAUAUGUUGUGACCGAAUCGGAGGACUAUGACAUAACAUGGACUAUGCCACAUUGUGUAUUAACUUUGAAACUGAUCGCUCUUUCGUUUGAUCUUUGGGAUGGAGAAAAAAUGUUAAAAGGAGAUGCAAGUCUUUCCGAAAACAACAAAAAAACAGCUUUAGUGAAAUCUCCUUCAUUUUUAGAGUUGAUUGGGUUUAUAUAUUUCCCCUCAUGCUUUUUGGUUGGACCAAUUUUUUCAUUUCGCCGCUAUUAUGAUUAUUUAAAUGACAAGUUUCCGCUUCACGAAACAGAAAUAUAUGACAAAGUGGCAAUGAAAAGAUUUUUGCAGGGAUUAGCUUAUCUAGCGGCUUUUCAAAUUGGAGUGUCUGUGUUUAAUAUGAAGUUUAUGCUUUCUGAGGAGUUUCGGGAAGUUAACAUAUUUUACCGUCACAUCUAUUGCGGACUUUGGGCGCACUUUGCCUUAUACAAGUAUAUUUCGUGCUGGUUGCUCACUGAAGCGUCCUGUAUCCGAUUCGGCUUAUCUUUCAAUGGAUUCGAGAAAAACAAAGACGACGGCAAGUUGGAAUCCCGGUGGGACGGAUGCAGCAACAUCAAGCUGAUGCGAUUCGAGUUCGCCACCAAGUUCCAACACUAUAUCGACAGUUUCAACUGCAACACCAACCACUUCGCCGCCGAAUACAUUUACAAACGUCUUAAAUUCCUCGGCAACCGGAAUCUAAGUCAGUUUUUUACCCUACUGUUCCUAGCUCUAUGGCACGGCAUCCGCUCCGGUUACUAUAUGACAUUCUUCAACGAAUUCAUUAUAAUAUUCAUGGAGAAAGAGUUCGAAUCCAUCGUCAGCAAGACGUCGACAUAUCAACGGCUAUGGGCCUCGUACUUUAAGUAUCCGUUGUACUUUUUGCUAAAAAUGUAUACGAUAGUUUUUAUGGGAUGGAGUUUGGUGCCAUUCGACGUGAAGGUGUUCUCCAAAUGGUGGACAGUGUACUCCGCUUUAUACUUUUCCGGGUACAUCUUCUUCUUGCCGUGGGCUUUCGUUUAUAAACCUAUACUUGUAUACUUUAUUCGUAAGCCAAAGUCCGCAUAAUAUAAAAAAGUAUGUGAAGUAUAUCCAAAGGUUAACAGUGAUAGAUUUAAUUAGGUACUUUAAAUGAUUACUUAAUUCGACGUACUUGUGGUGACAUGGCAAUGUAUAUUUUCUGCGUGAAUCGAGAAAAGGGUACACAAUAAUUUUUAUGAUAAUACUCUAAAUAAAAAAGUAAGAUGUAGACUUGUAAUUAAACUUGAGCCAACAGGAUAUAAUUUCGGGAUAAAUACUUUUUAAGAGCGUUUCACUGAGGAGGAGUAAUUAUUUAUUGUAAUUAUAUAUGUAGAUAUUAGCAUACAAAAUUUUAUUGCGAAUGCAAAAUAACAUCAUUCCCAUUUAAUUGUUGAAAUUAUAAAUAUAACACUAAAUGGAGUUAACAUCUUAAUAUAGAUAUUAUCUGAUGCUCUGAUACUAUGUAAUAGAUAUCAUUAUAAACACAUUCAAGUCAGGAGCUCUACUCUCUUUCUCCGAAAUAUAUUUGACUAUAUAAGAGUCAAUAUUGAAUUUUUUAUGCAGGUAUAAAUUGAUAGCGAUUCGAUAGUAGAAGUUAAGCGACUUUGUCAAUGGCCGGUCAUUGGAUGGGUGACCAAAAACUUAUUAUCUUGAGCUCCUCCGUGCUCCGUUAAUCUGUUGGUCUCGGCUGCAUCUGCAGCCGUUAACAUCCACCAAUAAGCACUGGGUCAGCAUGGUGUGUCACGGCCUAGUCUCUCCAUCCCAUUCAUAGGGAAAGCCUGUGGGGUCAUUAAUAGCAUAUUUUUCAUAUCUAUCUUGUUUGUUCCACAUGUUUGUGAACUCGCUCACUUCUUAUCUAAGAAACACUCUUGGACGUGUAUUUUCUAAAGCACGUAGACAUUUCUUAACUUGACUUGUAAACUUAAUAUUUAUAUAGUCGAUUUUUAAUAAAUAAUUUCUCAUUCAAGUAUUACUCAGCCAGGAACUGUUUUUCAUUAUAAAGUGUGUUUUUACGUACCCGCCCAUUGACAAAAGACUUUUGGAUAUUCACUAGUCAAAAUCUUUAGUACUUCAUCGUAAAUAUUUGAGUGCAUUUCAUUCAUGUAACAAAAUUCAUUUAUGUCACGUAAUGUUUAAUGAUUAAAGUUGAAUGAUAUGCUUAAAUGAUUUCUUUGUUUUUAAAAUAAUAUAUGAACCAUAAUUCUGUGUCUGGUUAAGUUAGAAUUUUACUUUUAAAAAUUACAAGCUUUGACUCAGUGAAAUAACGCUCACUAAAUGAUCUUUUUUCACAAUAUAUGUCCUCCAAAUUCUAAAUUUUCAUGUGGUAUAAUAUAAUAUUCCGAGUGAUAAAUGUCAUGUUACCGCUUGAUAGAAACUAUAAUGCAGCUUACAUACACUCAUAUUCACAGACCUAGAUUUAAGUAGAUGACGUAUGAAACAAAUUCAACCCUUAUGAAAACCGAGUGUGUCAAAUUUUGAGACACAUUUGAGGCGGAAAAGUGAGGACCCCCGCCACCUUUUCCAAAUCUAUCGUUUUAACAGCUUAAUAUGGCACAAUUAAAAAAAACAAAGCGUUUGCUAUCCAGUGCCGAGAACGGAUGGCAAUCGGUUUGUUUUUACGAAACGAAAAAAAUAAAAUAGUUUAAUUAAAGAAGGACUCCCUUGAUUGGUCACCUUUUUGACGUUUUUUUGGCACGCGAAGUAUGUACACUUGCGGUGUCUAUUUCGAUCUAUGUCUGUGCUCAUAUUAUUAAUAUGUACUUGAAAAGUUACACUGUCUCAGGUAACCAGAACGGGGAAAAUGGAUAAUGUAUCAAAGUAAAUAUAUGAAAAAAAAAAACACAUUAAUUGAAAGACGAUUUAAUUGUUAAACCUUUUUUUCCCAGUGCUAGUUAACGUAAACAAUUGAAGCAGAUAUGCUGAUUUAAGUGAUAUUGGAAACAAAGAUAAAAAAGUUCAAAUGUUUAUAAUUAUUUAAAUUGUGUAAAUAUAUUUGUUAUAUGUUAUUAUUAUAACCAUCAAUUUUAUUUUAUUUUCUAUUUACAUUAUUUAAUGUAAAAAUAUUAUUUCGGUAAGAUAUGGACCGUAUUUUUGAACGAUCUUAGUCAUUCAUAUCGGUAUAAAGUUCCUUGCAGUUGCAGUUCAGGAAGUUUUGUUCUGUAAAAUUUAAUCAUAAAUAGACCGACUGGACCUGAAAAUGGCAAUGUUACUUUAACCUCGAGUCCGACAAUAUAACAAUUAUUGCCUUAACUGAGAAACAGUUUAUAAGAUUAAUAAAUAAUAUUGUAGGGGAGGCGGCGCAUAAUUUGAUUUUUGAGUCUUUCUUGUCAUACAUUAAUAUUAAGAUAACAAAAUAGGCGUGAUAGUUCUAAAUAGGUUAUGUAAAUAUUAGCGAGUUCUAAAUCUGUGAAUGCGCACAUACAAUAUUAAAAAAAUCAUUAAAUCGCAACAACAAACGAUUUGAUGUGUGCGGCGAAUAUGCGUUGCAUCAACCGUUAUGGUGCUAUUGAUAUGAUGAUAAUAAUUGUGUGUAUUGUAAAAUAUCUAAUAUUUAACUUCGAUUAAAUACUCGAUACACAAGUAGAUAAAAUAACGCCUGCGACCUCAUAGCGUGUAACUCUUUGGGCAUGCCUAGGUACAAAUCUGAGCUACAGAAAGCUGUACAUUUCAAUUUAAGUCCUAACUUUUGGGACAAGAGCGCAUGCCGGCGAAUAACUUCGGGUAACCUACUUUAUCUUUUAUAAAAAAAAAUGUUUGUUUAUAAAGACGCUUUACGGACGAUAAUUUUACGUGAUAACGAGUCCUUCGCUGUUUUCAUCAGGGCAGUUUUGUUUCGGUUCGUCUGAGCCGAAGCAAGCCUCUGUAGCUCUAUGGGGGCUACAAAGAUUUAUAUUAUAUUUAUAUAGGUACGUUAUCACAUCAAAAAAUUGUGGACUUCUCCUUAAGUAUUAUUCUUACUUAAAAAUCUAGAUGAAAUAAAGCUGUCCAAUUCCCGUACAAACAAUAACUGCGGAUGGUAACCCCUUUUUGCUUUCCCUUACUUCUGCUCGCAUUCGUUUCCUUUACUCCGAAAGCGAAGAAUAAAAUGCGCAUGCCGAUUGUAGAAUUUUUUUUGCUGCCCUUGACGUCGGCCCUACAUUAACGGUUCAGAUACGAUGGCAGUACUUCGCAAGGUUGCCCCCUUAUGUUAUUCUGCUGCGCACGAGUAAAUUGGGCGAUUGGGCUUCCCCACUAUAAAGUAAAAACAAACAAAUAAGUGUGAAAGAGACUAAGCGAUCGUGCGGCCAAAAGUUCGUAAUCGUAUUGGCUGCACCAUCGCUUCCUAGACAGCUGUCAAUUUCAUGCAACUGUCUCUUUAAGCGUCAGCGCACACCGAACUGCAAAAUGUUGACGCAUGGUCGAGCUAAGACUCAAGGUGUCCGUGAUGCUAGCGUACCCACGAUCAAUAUACGGGUUUUCGUUAUGCCAUUAAAUAGUGCCAAAUUAGUGUAAAAAUAAUAAAAAUAGUGCCUCUUUAAUUUAAGAAAUAAAUACCAUUUUUACUGUGUACGCUACCAUGACGUCAAGCUAGCGUACCCAUGGCCGACCCCAAGAACGGCAUAUAUUUAAGCAACGAAAUUGACACACAAAAAUAGUUCGCAAAUAGUGCCCUGGCUUUACAAAAUUUCAUAAUCAAUACUCUUAAAGGACCAAAGAUAUUGAUCUAAACAUUCUUAGCUGGCGUCAACCUGGCGUACCCAUAAUAGUUCUCAUAGAAAAUGUACUUUUCUCGUUAUCAAUUCUAUAUGUAUAAAUAGUGUGUCAAAUAGUGCCUCUAACAGUAAAAGUAUUUUAUGUGAAUCCGCAUCACAACAAUACAUAAAGAGGGUGUUAAAUUCUAGGAACAAAUGUAUUGUAGUACAGUUACACACAAAAUUAAUUUAUGCACUAAGAGAUUAUCUAUAUAUGUAUUUUUACUAAAAUAAAUAGGUACUUUUUAUAAAAAGAUAUUAUAUUUCAAUUCGAAUUCACCAAUCAUAAAUUCAUAUAAGAAUUUCAACCUAUCUACCUACUUACCUACUAAGUACCUUACUUACCUACUAUACUACGAAAAUAUUAUCACUUCUGUACAUGACUGUACUUCAUAUAUAAAAAUAAUUUAUUUGCUUUUUUAUAUUGUUUUACUGCGAAUUAACAUAAAAUACUUUUACUGUUAGAGGCACUAUUUGACACACUUGUAACAAUUUUAGUUACCACCGACUAUUUCAGGGCUUACAUGAGACUCGAAACUUAUUUAAUUUAAAAUCAGGGCGCCGUGAUACUGUGAUUUGAGGGAGAUAAAUGAAAAUGUCUAAAACCGCAGUGAACAAGAUAUUAUAUUGUUAAAAAGAUUCAGAUCUUAUUUCAUCAUGGUUAAAACUUAAUACUAGUCACAUUCAAGUUAAAAAUACAUAGUUAUAUUUCUUCAAAGAUUUUUCUUUUGAUUUAAAGCUAUUCAAACAUUCAAGAUCAUGUGCUAAUACAGUAAUACUCAAUUUAAGUUUCUUAUAUAAACAAAUUAUCAAACAAGUUAUAAAAUAUUAAGUUUUGAGAAUUUAACAAUAAAAAUUUGUUACGUUCUUCUAAUGGCUUUACAGUUUACCAAUUCAAAUCCUUUAUCACGUUAAACAGAAAUUGUUCUCCGGAGUAUGCACUGGUUAAAUAUCAAGAAGUUAUAAGUUUUACUUAGCUUGGCAAGAUCAUGGGAGCAUCAGGAUGACUCAAAUGUCCUCAGGGAUGAAGCAGGACUUGCUGUCAUCACGUGAACCCGUCACUUUUUGCUCAAGAAAGCUUCACAGGCUCAUAUAUAUAUUUUUCCAAGGAGAUUCCAAUCAGGAUCAAGUAAUUGUGACUAUUACUGUUAUUAAUUAGCCAAAUUAAUGGACCUAGAACCAAUUACAUAUUUUUCUAUAAUUCAAUAAAAAAACUAACUGGACCUACAGCCUAACGAAUCAAAUGUAUUGAACUUACCCGUUAAUCCGGGGAGAAAUAUUAAGUAUAUAAUGCACUGACUACCACUGCUAGUCUUAAUGCUAUUUUCUAAGUAUGGUCUUCAAGGUUCUAUCAGCCAAAAGAGAGCGAAUCUGUUUGUGCACUGCUAUUUAUAGGCUACUACAACACGUGACAGCGUCAUUGCAAAUUUCACUCAUAUCACCAUAUUUGGUAUGAGGAAGCCAACGGACCGGUUUUGCUGACUCCGCCUUUCAAUGUUUCCAGAACAUUAAUGUGACGUCACAUCCAUUUCCGCAUCUCAUUUAAAAAAUUACACACUAGCUCCCUCUAACUUACAUUCCAAAUGCAACUACUAGGUUCACACAUAUAUUGUACUUGACCAUUGCUUUUCAAAGUGGAUUUCGAUAUUGAAUAAUUUAUAUGCAUGAUGAUAGAUGGCGCUGAAUAAAUAAUAAUAUUUCUACGACUUAAUAUUUAAGAAUUAUAUUGCUAAGUUUUUAACGUUAUUAAAUUUAAUUGCUACACACUAUUUAUACAUAUAGAAUUGAUAACAAGAAAAGUUAAUUUUCUAUGAGAACUAUUAUGGGUACGCCCCAGGUUGACGCCAGCUAAGAAUGUUUAGUUCAAUAUCUUUGGUCCUUUAAGAGUAUUGAUUAUGAAAUUUUGUAAAGCCAGGGCACUAUUUGCGAACUGUUUUUGUGUGUCAAUUUUGUUGCUUAAAUAUAUGCCGUUCUUGGGGUCGUCCAUGGGUACGCUAGCUUGACGUCAUGGUAGCGUACACAGUAAAAAUGGUCUUUAUUUCUUAAAUUAAAGAGGCGCUAUUUUUUUUAUUUUUACACUAAUUUGGCACUAUUUACGCAGUAUUUAAUGGCAUAACGAAAAACCGUAUAUUGAUCAUGGGUACGCUAGCAUCACGGACACGACUCAAGCACGCAUCUUGCAAGCUCGAGCAUGGUCGAGCAUCAAGUUUGACGUGUAUUGAAUUUUGCAAUGUAUGGAAUUGUCAUAAGAUUAAUUUUCAGCAGUCUCAGAAAAUGCUCUGCUCUGCUCUUAGUGUGCGCUGACGGCUUUGUUGACUUUCGAUAUAUCGCUAUCGUCGUCGUGGUUCAUCGGGCGCUUACUUAAUUAUUUUUUAUGCCGUAGUAGAAUAACACGGCGCUAGUACAAGGCUAUAGUGCGUCCAACGAGUCACACGUGUAUGUUCAUAGAUAAGUACUCGUAAUUAAUUCAACAAUUAUCUUAAAAUAAGUCAUUCUUAAGAAAGUGGCGGCAUAGGUGUGUGAAAUAAUAACUGUAUUUAUUUUUCACGAAGUGAGUUCUUAUAAAAUAAUGAAAAGCUGUUUCUUUUUGCUACCAAAUAUUGUACAAAAAAGUUUGCUUUUAAAACUUUUUUCAUAUUAUAUCGACUUUUUUUUUAAGUAAUUAAAUGCUUAUAUUAAACGGGGUGACAGGAACUCUCGACCUUUUUCCUUGAAAGGAGUUAUAUUAGAGUUCAUUAGCAACAAAUUAAGUGCAAUUAACUAGGGGUCAAAACUGGAUAAUUGUCGAGUUGUGACGGUUCUUCGAUUUUUUGGUUUUUUCUAACUUGCUGCCAAAAACCAUUAACUGUGAAUACACAUCUCCACUUUAAAUAAAUAAAUCUCGGAAAUAAAGGACCUUAAAAAAACAUAAUUGAUGAUUUUUUGUAUUUUUCCCGAACUUCGUCGUAAAUUAUUGGAAAAUAAUUGUAUGGAAUUUGGCGUACAAAUUAGUAAAAUGACAAACUAGUUUCACAAGCUUUCCAACAAGGUACAAAAGUUAUUAACUAUGUUAGCUGUUUUUAUUAUAAUCAGCAAAAGGGCUAUGUAGGGCAGACUUUUCAUUUUGAUUUGUAAAUUGAAUUCAGAUCAAAAGUCAAUCAAUAGUCAAGUGAAUAAAAUCUUGUUCAAACUGCCUACCCAUUAUUUCGUGUGUAAACACGGAGCCUACGACGUACUUCACUCAUUGUCACUCGCCUUGAAAGUGAGGUUUUUAUUUGUUCGGCAUCUACCAAUAUCCUCUCCCUCAACCUUCAAUGAAUGUCAGUGGUGUAAUAUACACUAAUCCUUCGUGUGAACCCAAAGAUAGAAGUCGCAUGGCGUCAAAGCCAGACUUCUCGCGGGCCAUGGCGUCGGGCCACCUCGACCGAUCCAUCUGAGUGGAAAAUUGUCAUCCUGCCAUUGUAAAUAGUGGGCUGGGCGGGCCAUGGCGUCGGGCCACCUCGACCGAUCCAUCUGAGUGGAAAAUUGUCAUCCAGCCAUUGUAAAUAGUGGGCGGGGCACCCAUCGUACUGGUACACCAUACCUCUUUUUUGUCGCCAGCGACACAUCUAUCAAAAGCGAGUCCUCUUCCUCUGGUAAGAAGUUGUCGUAGGUUACGCCAUUCAAGUUUUGAGGUAAGAGGAAAGACCCUAUCAAAAUAUCAUGGACAAAUCCCAUCCAAACAUUUAAUGGGGUCUUUCUUCCUUUUUUGGGUUUUGGCCCUUAGGAGCCUAAAAGUGCAAAUUAUGGUAAUUUAUGAUGCCAUCACGAUCAAACGUCGGCUCGUCAGUCCAAAGAUCUUUUUAGAUAAUGUGGGUCUUCAAUCUCUAAAAUCUACAAAAAUCAAUCCUCCUCACAGGAUCACCCUCUUCAAUGGCUUGAACUGGUAGUGGUAGCUAGUAGUAGUAAGGAUAAAGGAUUGCUGUAUGCGCUACAUACCAGGCUCUCCAUUGUGAUAUACCCAGUCGCCUUGCUACUUGCCUUAUUAUAACAGAAGGGUCUACUCGAAAGCACUGAAAAAUUUCAUCGUCAUCAUCGGCAAUAACCAUGGGAGGUGUGCCAUCGUCGUUGUGGCGCCGUUGAACUGAUCCCGUUUCUCAGAUGCGCCGAUUAGUAGCACCAAACACGCUCAUCAGGGAUACGGCGAUUAGUAAAAAGCUUUUGAUACUCUCUUCGUGUCUUCUCACACGAAAACAGAAAAAAGUAUAUUAAAUGGGGGUUCCCCAUACUUAGAACUGAAACUCAAAAAUACGAGUGUUUUUUUUUCUAAACUGAAUAGUUAGAGCGACUUGCUGCUACGGAACCCUUCAUGGGCGAGUCCGACUCCCACUUGGCCGCUUUUUUUAAGUAGCGACACAGUCAAUAUGAUAGUUUUUCAAUUAACAAAUAAAAAUUAAAAGUUUGCCCUACAGCGCCUUUUUGCUGGUUUAUGGUUUAUGGUAUAAAAUGGUUUAAAAACAGCUAUGAAAGUCCCCCCGUCCCGAUGACCCCCCGUCCCGAUAUAGGCCCCGAAGGCCCAAACACGCACUCGCAGUAACACACAAUAAAAUUACACGCGACCUCGCGGCCCUUUUGGCCGCCGAGCAGACAACACGCGCUAUAGAGCCCCCCCGCCCCCCCGACACUGAGAGGCCCGCUGCCGCUCAGUCCCCCUCCGUUUCGAGUGCACGUCUGAGUGCACCCGUCCAUUAGCGCAUUGCGCGUUAUUUUAAACUAUGUAAUAGUUUAAACUAGCGCAGCGCUGCAUUAUCCCCCUCUCAGGGGAUAAUCGCUUCAGAUGAAGCUUGUAAGGCCCUUCAGGCCAUAAGCAUGAUCUACGGGUGUGUUUUAGUCAGUAAGAGUCUGACAUAACCUUGCAGCCGGCUGUAAGGUAUCCAUGAGGAUUUCACACCCGCUCCCCCGCCUGGGAGGAAUCAAAAAAAAAAAAAGCUAAGAAAGUUAAUAACUUUUGUACCUUUUUGGAAAGCAUAUGAAACUUGUUAGUCAUUUUACUAAUUUCUACGCUAAAUUCGAUACAGUUUUUUCCGAUAAUUUACGGCGAAAAACACAAAAAAUAAAAAUUAUUCUUAGAGUCUGUGCGGAAAGAGAAUGAGCGUGGCGAAAAACGGAACUAACAUUAAGAUUUUUAUUUGGCAAUCAAACACAGCAAUCUGUAAAACGUCGAAGGUUUGUAUUGAUACGGAUUUGUUUGUUGUUGUGAUUUCUUGCGGUUUUUUGUAUUUAUUAAUGUCUAAAAAAGCUAAAACCUUACAAAUACGGUAGAAGAGCACUACAGCGCCCUCCAAUCUAAAUCCCAUUCUCUUUCCGCACAGACUCUAAUACACUCCUUUUAUUUCUGAGAUUAUUUUGGCAAGCCCUUUUUUUAUUUAUCACUAAUUUUUCAGCUUUCAGAAAAGUAUCAAUUCUAUGUUCAGAGUGGAGUAGUUUACUCACAAUUAAUGGUUUUUGGUAUUGGGUCAGAAAAAAUCUAAAAUAUCGAAGAACCAUCACAACUCGGUAACCAUCCAGUUUUGACCCUUAGUUCACUGGGCUUAAAUUGUUGAUAAUGACCUCUAUAAUAGAGGAUAAAUAAAAAAGGAACCCCUUUCAAGGAAUAGGUCGAGUUUUCCUUCAGCCUGUAUUAUUUACAAGUAAAUAACCACGAUUGAUUCAAAGAGCUAUAUUCAAUAAAGACAUUUUCAAAUAUUGAACAAUUUGAUUUCGUUAUUCUAUUUUUUUCCUUUUUGAUUAGGUAACAAAAAUAUUUGCGCAUAACUUUGUGGAGAUUCAAGUUCGGCCGCUCGGUUUUGGUUGUAUUAUUGACCACUGUGAAGUUAACCCCCCACUUUUUGAAUUUUAUUAUUAUCUAGGUUGUUCUGGGUUGUUCUAUGUUUGUUCUACAUUGUUCCAAAGUAUUAUUUGAAAAAACUCAAAUUUGAAGCUGCCAGACAAAAAAAAAACGUUUUUCUAUGGUAGCCCCCCAUGUUUGGAAAUUCAUUAUUUUUUUAGUUGUUCCAAGUUGUUCCUAAGAUUGUUCCAAAGUAUUAUUUGAAAAAACUCAAAUUUGAAGCUGCCAGACAAAAUAAACUUUUUUAUGGUAGCCCCCCAUGUUUGGAAAUUCAUUAUUUUUUUAGUUGUUCCAAGUUGUUCCUAACAUUGUUCCAAAGUAUUAUUUGAAAAAACUCAAAUUUCAAGCUGCCAGACAAAAAAAAAACGUUUUUCAAAUAGCCCCCCAAAUGAAAUCGUACUAGAGACAAUAAAUAAAUCAACAACAAUAUUAAACAAUGACGAUUGUAUCAGUACAACCGUGGGUUAUGUCGUUUCAAUUUCAUUUAAUCAUUUUGAAUGAAAUUAAUAGUUAUUAAGACAAGAAAACAUUACACUAUAGGGUAAACUCCCUAAUUAUUGGCACUUUAAGAGUAGGUUCCAUGUCAGUCAGACAUUAAAUUACCAUAAAAUCACAUCUAAAUGAGUUAGUACACAACACAUGUAACAGUAUCAAAGAAAAUAGUUCAAUCUUUGUUUUCAUAAUACACUUCUGGACACAUCUAUUGGCCCACCUUGUAUUUUCAGUUUCGUUUGGUCCUAGCUAAAAUUUUAUAUUAGGUCGAGCAAAAAGUUUUUAUGCAGUUUUGAACCUGGCACAUUCACAAUUUCAUUCAAUAGUCUUUUUUUGAAUUUCGAACACAGAAUUUAAAGAAACAAAAGACAAUUUGGAGCCUGUUUGUUGAUAUCAAAUAUUCGAAUACUAAGAAAACUUGGUUUUAUUGGUUUACUUGGAUUUAAUUCUUGAAAAAGUGAUUGAUAUCUUUGGUUUUGCAACAAACAUUACUUAAUCUUAACAUUAAGGUGAGGUUCUAUCAAUAAUCUAUGGAUACUUCACCUGAAGUCGCCGCCCAAGCUGUGGCACUUAUUCAGGCCGGACACAGCCAAAGAAACGUGAGUGCUCAACUUAAUUUAAGUCGAUCUGCGGUCCGAAAUGUUUAUCGGAGGUACCUAGAGACUGGCGGCUUUGUUCGUCGCCAAGGAAGGCCACGAUCUCGAGUCACAACUGAAAGGCAGGAUCGAUUCAUCGUGACGACCAGCUUAAGAAAUCGUCACCUUACCUCCAUUGAGAUACAAAUACAAAUUCGCGACUUCCACGGAGUAUCUGUGAGCGCUCGAACUGUUCGGAGAAAGUUAAAAGAACGCGAUAUGGUACCACACAAGCCAGCUAAUGGGCCCAAACUAACGCGAGCCCACCGAACAGCGCGCCUUCAUUUCGCACGCAGUCAUUUAAAUUGGACACAGCAAGAUUGGAGCCGUGUACUCUUUUCUGAUGAGUCUAAAAUUGUGUUACAUGGCAAUGAUGGAAGGAAGAAGGUCUACCGACGUAAGGGAGAGCGUUUCGCACAAUGCUGCUUUGAAGAGAGGGUUGCUUAUGGCGGUGGCUCAUGGACUGUCUGGGGCGGUAUAUCCGCGAGCGACAAAACUCAACUUGAGGUUGUUACAGGACCACGGCUGCCAACAUUUAAUGCUGAAAGGUACAUUCGUGAGUGCUUAGAACCUCACGUGAUACCAUACGCGGACUAUGUGGGCCCAAAUUUCUUUUUUAUGCAUGAUAAUGCAAGAGCCCAUGCGGCCGGAAUCGUCAGGGAAUAUCUUCGAGAUGUGAACAUGACAGUUAUGGACUGGCCAGCCCGAAGCCCAGAUAUGAACCCCAUUGAGCACAUGUGGGACGAGCUAAAAAGACGUGUUAGGGCUCGUCAGCCAGUUGCCCAGACGAUGCAGGAGUUGAAAACUGCCAUAGAAGAGGAAUGGGAGAUGAUCCCUCAAAAUUUCAUAGAGCGGUUGAUAAACUCUAUGCCUAAUCGUAUGAGAGCUGUGGUAGAUGCCCAUGGAGGCAACACGCGUUAUUAAAUUAAACCUUUAUUUGAUAAAACAUAUUUUUUAUUCAAAAAUCAAUUGCCUUUAACAAGGCGCAUAUCCGACUUGUUAGGGGUAGCUCCAUGUCGUAUGGUAUUCUGAAUUCAAAUUUAAAACAAUACGAUCCAAAAAGAUGGUAAAAUGUAUCAGGUUUAAAACUGCAUCAACAGUUUUUGUUCAAUCUAGCAAUCAUAUUUCGGUAGGGGCCAUCGAAACCUAAACUCUAAGGUGGGCCAAUAGAUGUGUCCAGAAGUGUAGUACAGUCAAUGAAGGCAAAAAUCAGCUACAACCUCCGAUUUCGUUGAACCUCCAUCGAUUUUCAUGAAAAUUGGUGAUUAGGGGGGGGGAUACCUUAAGAAACAUAGUGCUAACUUGCGGUUUUGCCCUGGGGUUAAAUACCACCCCUUCUCGGUGGUGGUAAUUAAAAAUUAUUUUAAUAAAAAUAACAGAAAUCGAUAGAAAGACAAAUUCUAGGCAAAAUUUGUUAUUUUAAGUUUUCGGAAUAAAUCAAUACUUUCUGAGUUAAUAAUGAUCAAAGAUUGUGAUUUUGCGUGAUAAAAAUACAUGUUUUAAGCGGUUUUGCAUAAAUAACUAAAAAACUAUGAGUUUAAAGAAAAAUAUAUUAUUACCAAAAUUAAAGCUAAUAAAAAAUAAUCAAACCCCUUCUUUGAAAAGCCUUCUAAUUUUAAUUCAAAGUGAGCUAUAGGUAUUUGUAUGUAUAUUUUUUUUCGGCGAGUACUUAAAUACAAACCUAAAUAACAGGGACCCGGUGAAUUUUAUGACAUUUUCUUCCAGAACACUGUUUAAAGUCCUCGGAAAUACCUUUAUAAUGAGCACAGUAAAAGGUUAAUAGCUUAAAAAUUUAAAAAGUUAUAAUAAAAAUAAGAAAACACUAAAUUUUUUUGGAAAAAAACUAAAAAUAAACCCUUCAUCAUUCAUCAAAAUGCAUCGGUUUCCCGUUAUUUAUGUUUGAAUACUUAGAUUUACUACUUGCCGAAAAAAAUAUACAUACAAUUACCUAUAGCUCACUUUAAAUUAAUAUUAGAAGGGUUUCUUGUUAAUUUCAUUAAGUUGGGGGUUGUUUGUUUUUUUAUUAGCUUCAAUUUUGGUACUAAUAUAUUUUUUUGUAAAACUCAUAGUUUUUGAGUUAUUUAUGAAAAACCGCUUAGAACAUGUAUUUUUAUCACUCAAAUCACAAUAUUUGAUCUUUCAUAACUCAGAAAGUAUUGAUUUAUUCAAAAAAGUUUAUAUAACACAGUUUGCUUAAAAUUUGUCUCUUUAUUGAUUCCGGGAGUUAUUUUUAUUAAAAUAACUUUUACCCCCGACAAGGGGUGGUAUCUACCCUCAGGGCAAAAGCGCAAGUUGGCACUAUGUCACUUUUGUUUCUUAAGGUAUCCCCCACCUACUUACGAAUUUUCAUGAAAAUCGAUGGAGGUUCAACGAAAUCUGAGGUUGUAGCUGAUUUUUGCCUUCAUUGACUGAUUCUUUGAUACUGUUACAUGUGUUGUGUACUAACUCAUGUUGAUGUGAUUUUAUGGUAAUUUAAUGUCUGACAUGCUACCUACUCUUAAAGUGCCAACAAUUAGGGAGUUUACCCUAUAUACUAAUGUUUUCUUGUCUUAACUAUUAAUUUUAUUCAAAAUGAUUAAAUGAAAGUGGAACGAUAUAGCCCACGGUUGUGCUGUUGUUGUACAAUCGUCAUUGUUUAAAAUGGUUUUUGAUUAAUUUAUUGUCUCUGGUACGAUUUUGUUUUAUAAAUAAAAGUAUUUUUUUCCCGACAGCUUCAAAUUUGAGUUUUUUCAAAUAAUACUUUGGAACAAUGUUAGGAACAACUUGGAACAACUAACAAAAUAAUGAAUUUCCAAACAUGGGGGGGCUACCAUAAAAUGGGUUUUUUUGUCUAGCAGCUUCAUAUUUUAGUUUUUUCAAAUAAUACUUUGGAACAAUGUUAGGAACAACUAGAACAACUUGGAACAACUAAAAAAAUAAUGAAUUUCCAAACAUGGGGGGCUAUCUCAAAAACGUUUUUUUUUUUGCCUGACGGCUUCAAAUUAAAGUUUUUUCAAAUAAUACUUUGGAACAAUGUUAGGAACAACUAGAACAACUUGGAACAACUAAAAAAUAAUGAAUUUCCAAACAUGGGAAGCUACCAUAAAAUAUUUGUUUUUGUCUAGCAGCUUCAAAUUUGAGUUUUUUCAAAUAAUACUUUGGAACAGUGUUAGGAACAACUAGAACAACUUGGGACAACUAAAAAAAUAUUGAAUUUCCAAACAUACUACCAUAAAAAAGGUUUUUUUUUGUCUGGCAGCUUCAAAUUUGAGUUUUUUCAAAUAAUACUUUGGAACAAUGUUAGGAACAACUAGAACAACUUGGAGCAACUAAAAAAAUAUUGAAUUUCUAAACAUGGGGAGCUACCAUAGAAAACCCGUUUUUCUUGUUUGGCAUCCAGGGCUUGAAACCGGUUUCGAAAAUACCGGUAAAUAAAGGUUAAUAACGGUUUUUAGUAAAGGUUUCGUUCGGAGGGCGUCCGAAAUGAAAGCGGUACCUAAAACCUUAAUAAACCGGUUUAAUCCAGAGCGACAUGUGCACGCGUCGGCAUCGCUUAAAGUUUGUUUUGUUUGAACUAAUCAAGUCAUAACUUGUAAUGCUCAGAGAUUGAUGCAUUUAUUGACACGAUUGCUAGCGUCUAGUGAGUCAAGUUAUUCAUUUAUUAUCGAUGCCGUCAGAAAGAGCGAAAUUAAACCCUUUAAAAACCGCUAAAUUGAUUCAAAACCUAUUUGAUUUCGCUCGUUAGGGAAACCGGUUUUUCUAAGGUUAAGGUAGAGCGAAACCUAAAUAAAACGCUCCUAAUGUACUGACAGCUUCAAAUUUUAGUUUUUUCAAAUAAUACUUUGGAACAAUGUAGAACAACCUAGAUAAUAAUAAAAUUUAAAAAGUGGGCUAACUUCACAGAGGUGUAUUAUUGUCUUUGUAAAUUCGGUUUUAAAUAGUGUGCCACUGUAUUACGACUUCACACAGAGGCGUCAAUUGAAUUUAAUGCUUGUCACGUGUUGUCUUAUUCUAUUGCUGACUUUGUAUCUAAUUUCAUACAUUUAACACACUCACACAUGAUACAUUUAUACACAUUCACUCAAAUAUUAAAAUCAAAAAUAUGGGUCUUAUAGGUGUUAUGUUUAUUGUAACUAUAUAAUGUACGUUAAAAGUAAGAUUAUUAUAAUUCAACUUUGUAAUAAAUUGACGUUUCUUGAAGUGUGGCCGUUUAAACACAAAAGUUUUCAUAAUAAUUUUGUCAACACAUCUAUUCUUAAUUCUUCUUAGGUUUAUAUAUUGAUUAACUUUAUAUUUCUUAUGCUUAUGACGAAUUGUGAACAAAUACACACUAAUAAAUAUAAGUGACAAAGUUUUUUUUAAUUAUUUGAACGCUACAAGUAAUGUAGAUAUUUCAAUAAUGUUAUAUAUCGUAAGCAAGUACCCUAAUAUACUCGAAUAUCAAUAAAAACCUGAAUUAAAAAAAGCCGCGCUAACUGCUCUGGACAUUAUGACGUCACACUACUAUCAGUCACGAGACCAUAAAGCAAAAAAAUCAUUUCUAUUUAAUGUUUUUUUUUGGAAAGUUAUUAAUUAUUUGUUCUCUCAGAAUAGUAAAAUCGUUGCUAAUAUUCAUAUUACAUACAGAUGCCAACGAUUGGUACUUGAUUUUUCUUACUGUCAAAUGUCGCAAAACGCAAUCUUCACCCCUAUUUCAUGCCAAGAAUUACUGACACUGACAAAUAUGUCUACUUAAAAAAAUACCCUUGUUUUACAACUAUUUGUCGUUGAAGUAAUCAUACUUCGCACAGUUGCAUUCGUACGUUACGUUCCUCACCUGAAAAUGUUAUUUUGAAAGUUACUUAUGUUAGAUACCGGAAAUUCUGUAAUAAUCUUCUAAAUAAUCUAAAAUGGCAAUAUGAACGUGAUGAACUUUUAAAGCCAAUAAACAGUUGUGCGAAGCUAUAAAAAGAAUUCCGAAUACGGGAAACAAAAAGGCACCAGCUCUGAAAUUAUUGUCGGAUAGGGAUAAAAUUGAUUUAAAUAUAUUUAUACACAAUGAACUUUUUGUUUAUGUGGAAAAAAAUCUAGCUAAAUAUUUAAUCUCUUCAUAAAUGUGAAUCCCAUAAACCUAAUAAAAGUCCCAAUUCUUUUGUUCCUAUGCCAUGUGAUGAGGCUGAGGUCUCUACUAUUAUAAUGAGUUUAAAAAAAAACUAGUGCUGCUGGAUGUGAUGGUAUCCCUAAUAAUAUAAUUAAGUUAUGCAAAAAUUCAUUGAUCCCUAUUUUGGUUCAUAUUUUUAAUUGUUGUUUUGAUAGUGGCAUUUUUCCAUCUGUGUUAAAAAUCAAGAAUUCAACCUGUUUACAAGGCUGGAGAUAGACAUCAUAUCAACAACUACAGGCCAAUCUCCAUCUUACCUGCGUGAAAUAUUUUGAUAAACGUGACCUUAUCAAGCUCACAAUUUGAUCUAAAAGAUCGGGAAAAUCUACGGAUGAUGCAAUAUUGGAAGAGACAAGUUUCAUCAGUACUAAUUUGGAUCAGGCAAUAAAUGCGUGGGAAUGUUUUUUGAUCUGGCUAAGGCCUUCGAUACCGUGUCUAUACUUAGCCUUCUUUGCAAACUAGAACACAUUGGAAUCAGGGGUCUGCAACUUCAACUCUUUCGUGAAUAUUUGCCUUAUAGAACUCAGUGUGUUGGUACUGGUGGGGAUUUUAGUGGUUUCCUUGAAAUAGAAUAUGGUGUUCCCCAGGGCAGUGUUCUUGGUAAAUUAGAUAAUUUAGUAAUAUCAAUUAUCUUUCUUUCGCAUUUACUUACUUCUGGUCAUAUCAUAUUUUUUUCUGUGCUUAGCCAUUAUUUAGCCUUCUGACAAUAUAUGUACAGGUUCGGUAAGCUAUAAUUAAUAUAAAAAUGCAAUUGUAAGAACUGCACCUUGUUAUUUUAACUCAAAACUAGAUUCGAAACGUUGCUCUCCGUCGCGAUAGCCGCUUCAGCAACUCCUGACUAUAUCAUCAAUUUUUAUGUACUUAGCCAUUAUUAAGACUUCUGACAAUUUAUAUACAGGUUCGAUAAGCAACAAAUAAUAAAAAAUGCAUUUGUCGGUACUGCACCUUGUGGUUUAAAUUUAAACAAUUUCUUUACAACUAUUUCGACUUCUGACAGUCUUUAAGCCCCGACCUAGACUUUUGACAAUAAUUUUCCUAUAUUCCUACAUAUUUGUUUCUUAGGUUUUCACGCACAUCACUCAUUAAAUAAAACUAGUUUUAACGGGUUAAUGCACGAAAACUUUAUUUAUUUAUUGACGUUUCGCAGCCUUUUCAGGUCUGCAUCGUCAGAAUAAUAUUAUAUUCUGACGAUAUAAUAUAUAAUAUUCCUACAGUUAAAAACUAUAACUACCAAAUUUCAGAACUGCACCUAAGCAUUUUUUUGUUAUUGAAAAUUUACGACUUUGACCGCCUACCCACGCCUUCCGCCCCGGGAGAGAGUUCUGACGGGCCUCGCUCUGUACUUAUAAGCUACCAAGGAGAGCUUAUAUAUUUUAUCAUCUCCCAAAAGUGUUAUGAGCGCCUUGGCUUUGACUUAAGGCAUUCAAGUCCUCAUCUUCCUCUUAGUGAGAUAGAAGUGAUAAUCGUCAAGCUAUUUAGUUAUCCAUUACUGCUUUAUUAUAACGCUACUAUAUGAACAAGAAUCAUUCUGAAAAGCAUCGAUGGAUAUACAAUUAUCUCUUUAGUUACACACUGUAAAUGGCAAAGCAUUUAGCAUAGGUAUAGCAUAUAGGCCUGCUGGUCGUUCCCCCAGUUGUGGACACAUCCCUAUUGAUUGACUUGGUUCAUACCACUCCUCCAUUUCUUCUCGCCAUGCCUCACUCUGUCUCCAUCAAAGAUCUAAAAUUAUUUUCAUACAAUGGAAAGUCCAUGUCCCCAUUCAACCUUCAAAAAUUCAAUUCAAAUUCGUAAAAUCAUUCUUUGAUACCACGCCUACGUAAUUUUUUGUAAUGACGCUUUUCACUGGUACCCUUUUUAGUAAAUGUAUGAGACCGAUGUGUUUCUGGCGCUUCACGACGCGACACGUUAAUAUGUUUCUAGCUUUAUGAUCGACCGCGAUCGCUGCUGUGUUGGUUUUCGGACAUUCAUCAAUGGAAAGUUCGGCCAUGAUAAUUGAUUUGUUUGGAUGUGGAUCAAUACUCAGGUAAUUUACCGGCAAACUUCUUAAGCAAAAUCACUGACAAAUGAACUUGCGCAGUAGACGACAAGGAACCCUUAUAUGUCCGUCUGUCUGUCUGUCCGUCCGAGGUUUUGCUUAGAGACUGUUAGCACUAGUGAGCUGUAAUUUUGUGGGAGUAUGUAUUACAAGCACGAAAAUAAAAUUUAAUUUUAGAAUAAAAUUUAGUUUUUUUUUAUGGUUGCUUGUAAUGUAAAAAGUAACAUGGGGAUGUUUUUUUUUCAUCGUCUAUUCCAUCGUACCUAUUUUUUGAUUAAGUGAUCCGUUUGCGAAAUAUUAAAGUUUAAAGUGCCAAGAAACUUACUUAAAAAAAACGACAGGUUGCACUCCGUGAGUGCCGGCAGAAGUUAAAAGCUUGAAUAUUACCAUUGUGUAUUUUCGAUAUUUUGGAAUGGUUAGUAUAUCAGUAUCUCUCAGAAAAAUCAACUUACAUGAAUCACAUUUAAGCGCACCUAGCGACAUCUAUUGUAAAAAAAUGCAUUUUCUUCGCAUUAAAGCUGCCACCUGGACGUCCUCGUUAGAGAUUUAUUAUUAUAAUAUGAUAAAAUAAAAUAUAAGUAUGUUUCGUCCAAUAUAUUAAAAGGCUACUUCUUCAAUUUUAUUGUUUUCGUCUUACGAAUUUUCGAUCAGGCCACGUGUCCUGACGCGAGUCUAACAUGUUUUACCCAUACAAAAAAGUGUACAACGCCGCUAAAGCAGUUUUCACUCAAAAAUCCUUAGAAGGAAAUAUUAAAGGUGACGUAAUAAUUGCUUGUUUAUAACGCUUAAAGAAUUGCUUUGAAAAACUAAAUCUAAAAAAACAUUUAAAUGAACCUAAUAAACGACCAUUGCACAAAGCUGCAGUUAGAAGGCGCUGUUGGUACACAUGGCUGGCUUCUGAAUCGCGCUAGUGUUACGUUUUUAUAAAGAGUUUAGCAGCGCUUGAAACGGUCAAAGACUUCAUUCACCCCUCAGGUUCGAGUGGUUCAGAUGGAGAGGAGACUCCCCCCGCGGGGAGAUGCCAUCCGCCUUGAAUACUUCUAGAGGCACUCGCCAACUCUCGGCUUGUCGCUGUAAAGGUCAUCUGCGACCAACAGCAUACACACUCAAAAAAAUCAAAGACUUGAUACUGAGGUAAAGAUGGGCAACUCAACUACUAAAACUAAACUGCGCGUGGCACGACAUGCACUUGCUCAAUUUUUGUAUGUAAAAUUGCUACUGCACAAGCUUUCUUGUCUAUGGUCGGUACUCAAAUCCCGGGGUGUAUACGAAUAAUGUGGCCAAGUUUGUACCGGGCAUUACUAUAUUGCAUAUUUUUUAACACGAAAAUACUUAGUUAUUCUGACAUAACUGUAAUGGUUAGAAUUAUGGUAACCGCGGACUUUUUUGUAGAUAUUGAUGUCCUCUUUAACUGUCACUUUGCUCUAUUGUCAAUAAUUUCCGCAGCGUACACAUUCUAAGUUGGUAGUUUUUUUCACAAAACAUUUACAAAAAUAGUCUAUAGCCCAUGUUCUUCAGGGAAUGGACGAUUUUAAAAGUGAAAGAAUUUCUUAAAACGGUCCAGUAGUUUCGGAGCCCAUUCAAUGCAAACAAACAAACAAACAAAUCUUUCCUCAGAAUAUUGGUUUUCAAUAGUAUUAGAUUUUUUGAAACCAAUAUUUCUAUCAGUAGCUUGAAUCCAUUUUUUUUUUGUUUUGAUCCUUCGGUAAUCUGUCAGCAAUAAAAUAUGAAUCGGUCCAUGAGUAAAUUUUCUAUUAGUUUUUUCCCCUUCAAAGAUUUACAAGGACCUAUUUGAACUCUACAGACCAUGCAGUCGAAAUCCCGGUCAAGUCUAUCAAUAUAGAUAAAUAGGUAUAGGUCUUGCUGAAGCGAGACCAAUCAUUCAUUUAAGUCUAUCAAUUAGAUAAUACUUCAUUUACGGAUCUUAGUAAAGAUUUGGCAUUCCUUACUUAGGUCUAAGUUAUAAGGCCAUAUUAUUUUACCUAUUGCAAACAAAACUUUGUGAACAACUAAAGUACUAAGGUAAGUAUUACUUAUAUUGGAAAAGUUCCUAGAAAUGUGGAUCGAGAUGAGAUUAUGUUAUUUUAAAAACCCUACUAGGUGGGUAUGGGGCGUGAGAACGUCCAGCUGCAGCCAAUCCCAGCUCACCUCGCAUAUUGAUCGAGUGCCGCCCAAGCCUUCAGUAGAAAAGGCUAUAAUAUAAGUAGUCAGCGAACCCUGAUUGAAUUUUUUUUUAUUAUAUAUAUAACCGGGUAGGCAACUGUCUCUACUUUUUGGUUAUUUUUGAUUAUUGAUAGGCACUGGCUUCAAUCUUCAACACUGUUUAGUCAGCAAGCCGAUGCUUGCUUCUUGUUGUUGUUGAAAAGCCUAUAAUGUGGCCGUGGCACAUUUGGUUCACUUGCUUAGUCCCCUAAUAUUGCCAUAAAGUGGAUCUCUAUUUGUUUCAUAUCUUCAAGCAUACCAAUCCUUAAUAUAACAUUUUUUGAACGAGUGUAAAGAGCUAUUUAUUUAUUUUUACAUUAUUCUUGACGUUUCUAUAUCCUGUAAGGGGUUUUUGGCAAUCGAAUAAGGGUUCGAAUUUACCAUUUUAUAGUGUAAUCUGCUACUUAUACUUACCAUAUAAUACUUACCAUAAUAAUGGUCUUUAUGAUAUUGAAUAAUUUUGAACGUUCGUUAUUGGUCCAUGGUCGUACCAACUACUUAAGAAGAACAAUAAAAAUCUUUUAAAUAAUGAUGAUGAUCGCUUUUUUAAUAAAUAGGGACCGACCGGUUUGGUGUGCCAUUUUAAUGAGGAAAAAGGGGUGUGUUUAUAAUUUUACUAGAUAAAUAUUUUUUAACUUGCGUCUAGGUAUUUACGAAUAACAAAAAGUCUAUCAAAUCUGUAAAGCCGCAUGUCGAUACGUACAUUUUUAGAUCUUAUUUGAGGUAAGAUAAAAAAGCAGUAAUAAAAACUUUAUCUAAUAUAUUAUGUAGAUUGCGAUUAUAUGUACUUAGUCUAAGAUAAAAUAUAGGUAGGUAAACCUAACGUAUUACUUUAUAAACAUUCCACCCUUUGGGAAAAGCUGCAGCUGGACAGAAGUGCGCAGAGUGAAUGCGAGUUGUCGCACAAAAACAUUUUAUUCCAUUUUUCAGUUUUACUACCUUUAUACUAUGCAUACCUACUUACCACCUAUUUGCUCUUAGGUUUGAAAUGUUUUAUAUAAACCUAAGUAUUUAAUGUUAACUUGGCAAGGUUGUUAAAUUAGAUUCUAGACUUAUUAUGUUAAAAGAGCCCGAUGCUCAAUUCAAAACUCAAAUUCGUCAGGUAUGGUGAUAAGUAGGGAUAUGUAAAUAGAUUGUGGUAUAUUGAAGUUUGUUCAAAAGUACUUAGGUACUUCCUUAUAAAACGAUUGACGACGCAACAUAGGUACCUGUAAUUACUUAUAUCAUACUCCUCUUCUUUCUGAUAAUCUGAAAAAGUGUACCUAUUAUCCGCAUCUGCGACUAAACUUGUACCACAUAAAAACAAAAUAUAAAUUAAAACCAUGUCUUAUGUUCUUAUAAACUUAUAUUGAGGUAUGAUACGUAUUUAGGUAGGUAUCUACCCCUCGCGCGUCGUUCGGCAGAUUUGCUAUAGGACAGAAACUUGAUAAGGCAGAAGCUGGAUUGGGCAGAAUCGUGUUUUGGCAGAGUACAGUCAGGAUGUUAAUAAUAUUAUUAUGAUGUAAACUCUUUGGUUUAUCUUAUCAUUAAUAAUGGCCACUUAUGGUUUAUGGUGACAUGACAAAUUAUAUAUUUUACAAUGACAUUGUUAUAGUCAAGUCAGUAUUUUUUCAUUGUAUUAUCUGAGAUAUAAUUGAAUUUAAUUUAUUAUGAUGGAUGAUGCGGGCCCACGUACAGAAAGUGAAAAUUUGAAAAUUAUUCGCAGUAAACGAGGUAAGCCAGUGCUUCUACACGACGGUUUUCGCUAUAAUUUCGUAAUGAAAAACAAAUCUGGUACAAGUAAUUGGAGAUGCUACAAUAAAACGGAAUGUAAUACAUCAAUCACACUGGAUUCAAAAGAUCAAAUUUUAAGAAAAGCAAAUCAUUCAUGUGUUCCGAACAAAAUAAAAAACGUAAUUGAUGAAAUUAUGGAUGAAUGUAAAAAGCAAGUAUGUCUCAAUUGGGAACCUAUACCAAAAGUUUUCGAAGACUAUAUUAACAGCAUAAAGCAUGAUGUUCAAAAGGAAUAUUUACCAAAAUAUGAAAGCGUGAAAGAUAUGCUGAGAAAGGCAAGAUUAGACUACUUACAUUGCAAGACUCUUACAUUUAAAAGACGUGAAGAUAUAAGACUGCCGGACGUCCUCGUCAAGGAUUUUUUUUUAUAUGAUUGUGGAAAUGAAGACAAAAUUCUAAUUGUCGGAACGCCGUUAGCAAAAAAAUAUUUUAAAAAAUUCAGCAGGUUUUACGGCGAUGGUACUUUUAGAGUUGUGCCCAAACUUUUUUAUCAAUUAUAUACGUUACAUGUCGAUUUAGCAGAAGAUGAUGAUGUUAAUUUUGUACCAUUGUUGUACAUAUUAUUACCAGACAAGAAAGAAGAAACCUAUAAAAGAUUAUUUACAAUUUUAAAGCAUCAAUUUUCAAUUAAUAUUGAAUAUUACAAAUGCGAUUAUGAGCUAGCCGCAAUUAACGCUGUGAAAUCAAUAUUUCCUGAAGUAAAGGUAUCAGGGUGCUUUUACCAUUUUUCUAAUGCGGUGUGGAAAAUGAGCAAGAAGCUUAACUUUGAUAGCGUCAAAGUAAAAAUUGACGACGAAGAAAAAAAUAUGACACUUUUAUACAUCCAGCUGGCAUUACUUCCUCCUAAUUUUAUACCAGAAGGAUAUUUCGAGCUUUUUUACAUGGGUCCUGAAUCCGAAGAAUUUAAAAAAUUCAACGAUUAUUUCCGAAGGCAGUGGAUGGAGAUUAUCACUUCUGAUACCUUUAGUUGCUAUAAAGAGGAAUUUCGCACGACGAAUGCGGUCGAAGGAUGGCAUAGACGCAUCAACGCUCGCAUUACAGAACGGCCAUCAAUUUUUCUGUUUAUACAGAAAAUUAAAAAGGAAGCAGCAUUUCAAGACCGAAAAAUUGCAAGAAAAGAAAUUUAUCAAAAAGAAAAGCGGCGACAAAAUUCUAUGGUACAAAAAAAUUGUAGCAUUGAUAAAAUUAUAAACGGACUUUUAAAACAGGACUAUAACAUAAUUGAGUGUUUAAGACGGCUAUCUUGUGUUAAGUAGAAUAAAUAAAAGUGCUUCUAAAUAACUAAGUAAGUUUUCUUUUGAGUGUGCCACAACUGCCAAAACACGAUUCUGCCCAAUCCAGCUUCUGCCUUAUCAAGUUUCUGUCCUAUAGCGAAUCUGCCGAACGACGCGCGAAGGGUAUUUACUCAGUAUGGUAGCACCUAUAUAAGUAAGGUACCUUUUAUUAAAAAUUGAAUACAUUAUUUCUUUGCUUUUUAUGUGUAUGAAGUGUUAAAUAUGUAUCCAGAUACACAAUAACAAUGUUUGUGUUUUUCUAUUUAUUAGUUAGUAGAAUGAGUUGAUAAAUACUUACAAUAAGUAGAGUUCAUCAUGAAAUAGUACCUACUUAGAUUAAAUAAAAGAGAAGUAAUAUUUAUAAAUUGAUCACAGUGAAAUACAUAGUAACAACAAUGGAAAUAAUAUUUGUAAAUUGACUUUUUCCCUAAUUAAUACGAUGGGAAUCAGCUGGGUACCCACCACGUACAAACGUACAUGUUAUAUAAAACUAUGUUGUCUAAUUGACUUAAUAUAGGCAUACUGAAUUAUAUAAUUAUAAAUACGUGAGUAAAUAAAUAAUAAUGAUCGUUAUAAAUGAAAACACCACGAUGCCUCACCAAAUAAAUGAUCAUCAAAAAAUAGUAAUUGAUAAAAAAAUACGAAUGGUAAUGUAACCUAACCUUUAUGUAGGUUACUAAUUAGUAUUUUUAGUUGUUUUUUUUUUGAGGAUCAUUUAAAUAUUUCCCAUUAGUAAUUACAUAAGUACAUACUUAUGAAAAAUAGUGUAGUAUGAGAUCAAUAUAUUCAAAUAAAUUAACUAUUAUCAGAAUUUGCGAUUUUAUCUUAGCUCCUCCUUCUCCAUGAUAUUAUUGGUGUUAUUGAAAAGUCUCGGAUCUUCGGGAACCCAGAUCUUGGCGUGGAGAGUGCUGCCUGGUGGUCGCUCGCCACGUCUGGACCACGACAACGAGUGAGCUUGGAAGUUGUUUCCUGUAACAAGACACGGGUGUAAAUGUGCACACACGAUACUUGACUUGCAUUGAAGACUGUCGGAAGCAUAAUUAACUAAAACCAACAAUAUGUCUGUAACAAAUUAUUUAUUUAUUUAUUUAAUGAGCGGUUUUAACACUCCCACAUGAUGAUCUAUGUCAAACGAAAAUUGGGACAGUAAAAGAGAAACCCAUCAAUCAUUGCAAUUCCGGUAUUUAAAUAAAAACUUAGUCUUAAAGGUUUUAAUCACCAAGCUUUAGAUCGUACAUGGACGAAAAUGAAUUUUAUUCAGAUGAAAUCUUAUUGUCGCCAUUUUAGCCCUGCAAACAUUUUUUUUUUCAACUUUAUCUUUGCCUCUGGCCCAUAGAAUAAGCACCGCGUUAAGAUAUGUUAGAGCUUUUCAUCAACACCUAACUGUGAUACCCACUGCAUAGUAAUUUUACAAUCAAAUUCGAAUCGCUUUAUCAUGUGUUGGUGGACAUGAGAAAAUUUUCAAACAAAAAGCUUCCGCUAUCUAUGUGAUUCUAUUAGAAGAAUUUUUCGCUGUUACAAGAAAAUAAAAAAAAAUGGGUGCGUGUACUUAUGUAGGCGCGUGAGAAGUUAUCCUUCUUUGGCAUCGUUUAAAAUUAGUUUUUAAUUGCAUGCAAAUAAUUAAUUACAAUAAAUUAAUAAAAAGUCUGGAAAAGGACACAGUCAAUAAAGUUCAGUUUUAAUUUGAAAAAAUAAAUAAAUACUCAAAAUAUUCAAUUAAAAUCGCUACUGAAUAUAAUUUAUUAGAACAUAUGUGAUUUGCACUUGUAUGAAACUCAAACACGUAUUCCGAAUAUACAAACUAGAAACAUGUGGAUAAAUAUUAUAAAUAUGAAUACCUAUAACUGUUACUUUCUUACAAUAAUAACAUAAAAGUAACAUUAAAAAUAAAGAUGUGGUUUUUGGUUCUACUACACCAAUGGUCAAGAGAUGGCGCUGUAGUCUCCUGAAUCGCGCUUUGGUUCCGUUGUUCCAGAUUAAUAAAUACUUUUGAUAGGCCUUCACAAUGCAGUCGUUAGCACCCAUUAAAUAGAAAUUCUAUUUCUGUUUUGUUGGUAGAUUUUCUUAAUGUGCGGUAAAUACAAAAGUAACAGCAUGAAGUUGGUCGCUAAAGCUGGUGUUAAUUUUGUGUAUUAUAGUGUUGGGUAGGACACGACUUGAAAAAGAGUUUGUAAGAGUAGCCUCUUUUUUGUACUGAGCCAGUACAAUGUCCCACUUCAAAUGAGGUGAGGCGUACUGAAGCUCGGCAAUACAUUUAAAGUGACGAGUACAAAUAUGACAUUGAGGCGUACAGAAGCUCGACAUUACGUUUGUGUGUACGAGUAGCACCUCCUCUACGCACUAUCAAUCUUGCUGGAUCCAGCAUGCAGGACAGCGCUAUACACGUAAAAGAGAUAGAGAUACAGAUGGAUAGUGCGUAGAGGACUUAAAUGAAAUGUCAUGCCUCGCUCUCUCUCAGACUUACGAAGAGUGAGUGAGUAACGAGACGCGACUAUCGCGACAUUUAAUGUGAAGUAGUACAUUUUAAAAUUUUGAGCCGCUCUUACAUUUUGACGUCAUGUCCGGGACAAAUGUACCGCCUCUUGUAAGCCCUACUCAACACUAGUGUGUUACAGUGAUGCGCGCGCAUCUUAAAAUUUCACUCUCAUCAUUUUUUCAUAACGCGCCUAAAGAAGUAUAACUUCAAUAAAAUUUAAAAUACUGUAUAAAAAACCAUACAAAAACAUAUUAACAGAUAUUAAUAAUAAAACUGCGUAAUACCUACAGAAGUGGCUAAUCUCCGUCAUCGGGGUUUUAGUUGCGCACAAUGGCCCCCGAAUCGGUUUGAACCUAAGGUUUAUUUAUCAGCAAUUAUUAGUGAGUAGCGUGCAUUGUGGGCUAUCAAACUAAACUAUUCGCGAAUGUGGUAUAAUGGCGGGGUGUUAUUUUGGGGGUGCGCGCCCGGGGGUCGGAACACGUGCGCGCUGUUACGGUCGUCGCGACCCCUCGAUGCCGUUGAUAGGGUCGACCUGUGUAUCUAAGUCCCUUGAAACGUUAUUAUUUUUAAACAAUGUUCAAUUAUUAUCUUUAGUUAAAUUUCCAAUUCGAAAGUGGAUUAAAAUUUUAAAAAGAAUUACUUUGAAAAAAUACAUACAUUUUUUUUCUACACUAAUUAAGAAAAAAGCUGUUUAAGGUAUUUAGACUAGGAGUUAAUUUGCUUUAAAAGUGCUUAUAUCUGCCCUGCCUUAGUCUGUAUAAUUAUUGGUGUAAUAUUUCAUGUUUGUUUUGGGUAUUUUUUUUGUAAGUAUAGAUUUAUUAACCACCUUAAUAUUAUUAAAUAUUCUUUUUAAUGAAGUAGAACUAGUAACCGAACUAUUGUUACAAGGGGAUUUAUUAAUUUGCACAAUAUUUCAAUAAUACUUUUUACUUCAUGGGAAAAUGUAAAUAUCUUAGUAUAAAUAAACUUUGCUAGCGCCGCAUGUUUCAUCGUCGAGUGGAUUAAUAACAGUUUAGUGAAUGUCGCAAUGGACAUAAUGAGAACGUCCGGCCAUUACUCCGUUUGUUACGGAGCGCUCGCCCUUGGCACAUGAAUCUUGUAUUAGGUGUGUAGGGUACACUUAAUAAUCUAUUACCGGGUUGAAAACAGUUGUGUACACCUAAUAUAGGUGGAUUUGAUUGCUAGGUAUGGAUUUUUUAAUUACCUACUUACUAUACUAAUUAGAAAAUAAAUACAUAGGUAUUAUUAUUCCUGCUAAACCUAUCUUGACGGUCUUUAGGCUAAUGAAACAAUAAUAUGUUAAUAAAAAUUAUUUUUUGAAUCAAUUCCAAAGUGAAUUGGUCUAUUGUUGACCACGGUAGUUUUUUCCAGCAUACUUUGACAAAGCUCCCAAUUCCUCCUCAAUGCGUAGCACCUGAUUGUAUUUGCCGAUACGUUCGCAGCGAACUGGGGCUCCGCACUUCAACUGGCCAGCUGACAAGCCAACCACCAAGUCAGCUAAGAACAAAUCCUCAGUAUCACCCCAACGAUCUACUACAACAAUGCCGAAGCUGUUGGUUUUCAUCAAUUUGUAGGCCUCUAUUACUUCAGUCAACGUUCCACUCUGGUUCAACCUUAGACCGAGAGUAUUGCCAGCUUUCUUUUCAACUGCAAGCCCGACCCUCCUUAAAUUAGUCUGCGUUAGAUCAUUACCGAAUAAUUGUCCGUUGGUACGAGCCGUCAAGUUCGACCACGCUGCCCAAUCAUCAAAAUCAAAUCCAUCUUGUAUAGAGCACACAGGAAAUUCUUUCAUAUUAUCAAGAUACACUUCUGCCAACUUAUCAGACGACAUGUAAUCUUGAGGAUUUGAAUUGGGAUUUUUGAAUUCUAAGUCGUAAGCGCCGUCCUUGUAAAAGUCAGUCGCAGAAGCGUUUAUGGAUAUCUCUGCUUUGUUAGCGUACCCACACUGUUUGAUAGCAUCGGUAAGAAACAGCAGUGCAUCUCGAUGGCUUUCCAAAGGUAUCGCAAAACCACCGCUAUCACUAACAUAUGUAGUUUCGGCAGUAUAUUUGCUAGAGAUAACGUUCUUUACGUAACCGUAAAUCUCAACGCCAAUUCUAAGUGCUUCCGCGAACGAUGCAGCUCCGGUGGGCAUAAUACAAUACUCCUGAAAGGGUAAACCAUUCGAAGCUAAAACGCCACCAGUCAAAAUUGUGAAAUGAGGAACAGGUAAUAUGAUAGUAGUGACUUCAGCCAUGUCUGAAAUGUGCCGGUACAGUGGCACGCCCUUCUUCGCAGCACCUGCUUUUGCAACGACAAGAGAGACGCACAUUAUGGCAUUGGCGCCUAACCUCGACUUGUUUUCUGUUCCGUCUAAUGAAAUUAGGAAUUGGUCGAUUUCCUUUUGCAUUGUGACUUCUAGAUUCUGCUUAAUGAGUUCUGGUGCAAUAAUGGUGUUGAUGUUUUUGACAGCGUUUGACACACCCAUCCCGUGGUACUCGGCUGGGUUAUUAUCACGUAGUUGCAGAUCUUCGGCGAUUUUCUUAUUGUCGGUAGAAGGCACUCCCACUCGGAACAGUCCUAGCUCUGUGACCAUAUCGACCUCCACCGUUGGGACACCAGUUGCGUCGAAUACUUGACGAGCGAGAAGAAUUUUUAUGGGCAUUUUUGUAACUAUACUAGAUGUUUGAAGAAAUACAAGUGAAUUAGUAAUAUUUAGGUACUAGGUACAAUAAAGGAUACCUUAAAAUCAAGCUUAAUACACACUGAAAUUAGAAUGUCAUGUAAAUGAAUCAAAAAUGAAUUUGAAC